AUGGCUUACCCUUUCAAAUAUCCACCACCAAUCACAGAUUUCUCGCAAGCGAGGUGUGUUACUGUUACUAGUUUUAGAAAGCAGUUGAUGGCCGCCACGCGCUCUCCGGUGACUCCUCACGUGAUUGGCUCCGCCGUGUUUGAACUUUCUAGAACCGCCUCCCAUAUCGGAGCCCCGUUUUCGGUCCGGUUCUCGUCUCGGAGCCACUGCAUUUCCAGCUCCGCUGCCACUUACGUAAACCGCCAGCCUUCCGAAGGACCCUCCUGCAUAUUUGUCGGACCCAUUGAGUCCGCCAGCCAAGAAACUCUCGAAGCGCUCUAUCGUCAGGCGCGGGAUGCAUAUUACAGUGGGAAGCCUUUGAUAGUGGAUGAUAUGUUUGAUAGAGUCGAGUUAAAAUUGCGGAGGUAUGGUUCAAAGUAUGUGGUGAAGUACCCACGAUGCAGUCUCAGGCGGCAAUCUACUUAUGCUGAUGCCGAGGAAGAUCCUUCACAGGUUUUUGCUUUAGCGAGCAUAUGGUUCUUGAUUCUUGGAUUUGGCUCUUCAGCAUGUCUGGUGCCAGUACUCUACACCAUUUGUCGAGCUUAUCAAGAUGCAGUUGAUUCUGGAAUUGUUUAUGAUAAUCAAGCUUCUGUGCUAGAGUUUCUUACCACGCUUAACGGCACUCUCUUAAUAUUAUUUGGAUUCGUGAUUGGCUACCCAAUUGCAUCAGCUUCUGUUGGAGCACUUCAAAGGCUUUGGAACAGUAAACUGGUGGCAUUGAAAGGAGCAUGCCCUAAUUGCGGCGAAGAGGUGUUUGCUUUUGUUAGGUCAGAUCAGUCCAAUAGUUCCCCUCAUAGAGCUGAGUGUCAUGUAUGUGAGAGCUCCUUAGAAUUCCGCACCAAAAUUGAGAAAUCCAUCUCGAGACCAGGUAAUCGAUGGGUAUAUGGCCGCAUCUACUUAAUUAAACAGAGGGGUCGACGUCAAAGAUGGGCAUAA